AUCACUGCACUUCUGACAGAAAAUCGAGCUGUCACUCUCCGUUGUCGUCGUAUCUUCAACCAAAACGUGUCACCUCGAAGUCUAGUCAGCGACUAUGCCAUGCCAAAUGGUAAAAAAACGCUCGCCUGCCAUAAUAAAUACGUGAGGAGAAGUCACUGUCGGAAUGAGGUGGAUUAGACCAGCUGAAAUCACUUGCACAAAACAUCAACUCUGGUUUUCCGACGAUGAACCGAUCCAUGAAGGAACAAUAAGAUGAACGAUUCAUGGCUUUGUUCGAAAUUUAGUAUUGCGGCAAGCCAAUUCAGCGACAGACAUGAACAAAAUAACGAUUGCUCUCAAUAAUUUGUCUGGGAAGAUGAUGCUACGGUUCCACAUGCAAAGAAGCCCUUAGACCCGACAAUAAUAGACUACCAAAAUGACAAGACUGUUCUGGAAUGCGCUCGUUGGGAUUUUGGCAUGCUUUUUACGCAGCAGAGAACUUCGCUUUAAUCGACGUACUUGUAUCACGAGAUAAUACUAGUUAUCCUAGAAACAUGGACAAAGAAUGCACAAGCUUUCCCUGAUGUGAUGACAUACUAUUCAAGUUCUCUUGAGAAUUGGAGCCAACAAUAUCAACACCGACAUAUUCAAUUUUGGACUGUGUGUAAAGCCAGAACCGACAACUAAUUUCACGGGAACACCGUAUCUACUAUAUAUAUUAAAGCAUCUUCACAGACUCGCAUAGCGAGUCUGUGAGCAGGUGAGUGCGGGACCCUGUCUGCCCCACUGUCCAGUGACAUAAUGAGCUGGAGCUUCCUCACGCGGCUGCUGGAGGAGAUCCACAACCACUCCACCUUCGUGGGGAAGCUGUGGCUCACCGUGCUUGUUGUCUUCCGCAUCGUCCUCACUGCCGUUGGGGGAGAGUCCAUCUACUACGACGAGCAGAGCAAAUUCGUCUGCAACUCGGGGCAGCCGGGCUGCGAGAACGUCUGCUACGACGCCUUUGCGCCACUAUCGCACGUCCGAUUCUGGGUCUUCCAGAUCAUCCUGGUGGCCAUGCCAUCUCUCAUGUACAUGGGCUACGCCGUCAACAAGAUCGCCCAGCUGGACAAGGGCGGGGGAGGGGUGGCCACUGAGACAGGGGGAGGGGGUGGAGGGGGAUACACCCAUCGGAGGCCCAGGAAGAUCUGCUUCGGGGCGCGGCAGCACCGGGGGAUAGAGGAGGACCAGGACCAGGACCAAGAGGAUGACCCUAUGAUCUACGAGGUGCCUGAGCCCGAGCCCCCUCGCCGGGUCGACCCACUAGCCCCACGGCCCAAGCCCAAGGUACGCCAUGACGGGCGGCGGCGUAUCCAGGGUGACGGGCUGAUGCGUAUCUACGUGCUGCAGCUGGUGACUCGCACGGCGCUGGAGGCAGGCUUCCUGGCGGGCCAGUACCUGCUGUACGGCUUCCGCGUCAUUCCCGUGUUCGUGUGCUCCUUCAAGCCCUGCCCCCACAGCGUGGACUGCUUCGUGUCGCGGCCCACGGAGAAGACCAUCUUCCUGCGCAUCAUGUACGGCGUCACGGUGCUCUGCCUCACCCUCAACGUGUGGGAGAUGCUGCACCUGGGCAUCGGGACCAUCUGUGACAUCCUCCGCCGUCGCCGCUGCCCGCCCCAGGAGGACGAGUACCAGCUGGGGCUGCUGGGACCCAGCGUGGGGGUCUCUGUGGGGGUGCCAGUCCCGGAGCCGGGCACGGGGGGAGGGGUGGUGGGGGACGGGGGUGCUGACUACGUGGGGUACCCGUUCUCGUGGGACGCCCCGUCGGCUCCACCGGGCUACAACAUCGUGGUGAAGCCGGAGCAGAUCCCCUACACGGACUUGAGCAACGUCAAGAUGGCGUGCAAACAGAACCGGGCCAAUAUUGCCCAGGAGGAGCAGCAGCAGUUUGGGAGCAAUGAGGACAAUUUCCCCACGGGAGGGGAGGCCCGCGUGGCCCUCAACAAGGACAUGAUCCUGCAUGCCCAUGACCAGCUAGAGGCAGCCAUCCAGGCCUACAGCCAGCAGCACAGGGCAGAGGAACACCUGGGGGACAACCAUGAUGACAAGCCCCAAAGCAACAUCACCCAGCCACAGCCACAGCCACAGCCACAGCCACAGCCACAGCCUCACAAGGAGCGCAAGCACCGCUUCAAACACGGCAAGGGGGGCAGCAGCGGAGAAGGGACUGGAAGCAGCAGCAACAGCAGUAGUGGCAAGUCAGGGGUGGGCAAGCCUUCUGUGUGGAUUUGACCAUGUACACACACACACACACACACACACACACACACACACACACACACACACACACACACACACACACACACACACACAAAAUCCAGCACUGAGCGAGCCCAAUAUCCCUGUAGAGUAUGUGUCAGUGAGGGAAGGGGUGGCCCCGAAAACUCCAGGACCGGCCCUGAACAGAGGACUGAGGUAGUGGGAUGUCAUGUUGUCUUUCUGUGGAUAUUUCAACACCGUGUUGUGCCUUUAAAAAAUCCCACAAGCUAGAGGAAACUAGCCUACAGUAGUAGUAUGUCAGUGUGGACAGGUGUGUCAAGAGAAUUAGUGAUUUUGUAGCAGGCAGUUGUUUGUCUGGGCUGUCGCUGUCUAACCUAAAACACCCCGACACAACUCUCUGAAACAGUCUAGUGUUUCUGAACUCUUCCAAUUCUGAAGCAGACACUUGUUCUCUGUUGUCUUCCUACUGUCCCUGUCUUCCAGUAGCCUGACGACUCACACUAAAUGAUUCUGCAGUUUGGUGCAUACUUUAGUCUGAGCCUGCCAUCAUUGAAGUCGUUUGUGGUGACGAAGGGCACAUGGGGCAUUGUACAAAACCAAGUCACCAGCGAUUGGAUCGUCUCUAACCAAUCGGAGUCCAUGGGCGCCGCUUUACCCACUUGUGUUCUGGCUCUGGCCCAACCCAUCGGGUUCUGGACCAAUCAGAUGGCCUCGAAUGUGUUUGCAUUCGGUGAAGGGUACUCCGAUCCAGACUCAUUGAGGCGAAGGAACUAACAUCCGUGGUCGUGGCGUAGCGUUUGACCCGAUCAAGGAUUCUGGGCAGCCAGGCAAGUCUUCCAGAGGAUAUUGGGCUGAGAAAAUGACUCUAUCAUUAUCAUCAUCUUUUCUUUUUUUUUUACAUUUUCUGAUCCAUUUAUUUAUAUCCCGUCCAUUCUCUUGGUGAUCCUGAUUUCCAUUCCAGAUUUCGAUCAAGCUAAUCUGUCGGGCUGACUUUCUGCAAAGUCACAGGCUUCGUAAUACAUUGGCAUCAGAAUGAAUGGACAUCAUAAUGCAAUGAACGACAUCGUAAUACAAAAGACAGUUGAAAACAAUUACUUUAUAAUGCAAUGACAUCAUAAUGCAAUGGCAUCAUAAUGCAAUGACUUCAUAAUGCAAUGACUUCAUAAUGCAAUGGCAUCAUAAUGCAAUGACUUCAUAAUGCAAUGACUUCAUAAUGCAAUGACUUCAUAAUGCAAUGACUUCAUAAUGCAGGGUUAAUAAUGAAAAGGUCAAUCAUAAUGUGGAUGUUCACCUUCCCUGAAGGCUAUUGUGUGUCUAUUUUCUCUCCAAGGUCACUGAUGUUUAAUGUGUGGGACUUGAUAUUUGACCCAGGCCAAGUCUUUGAGUACAUGCAUCUUCCAGGUGGAGGGACUGAUCAUGGCUUGAUCAGAUGAAAGUGGUCAGCGAUAUGGUUGAUGUAGACGGAGUCUGGUGAAGAGGGCUUUUCCUGUGCCCACUGGAGUUCCCCCUUCACAAUGUGUAUGAGAAUCAAUUAUUCUCACCAUGAAUUAAUACCAUUUAUUGAAAACUCCCUCUGUAAACCUGCAAUCUUUUCACUUUAUUUUCUCUGUGUUUCUCCGUCUCUAGUUCUCUCCAGUUUGGACCUGUGUAAGGUCUCUCAGUACUGGAUUGGCAUUUUAUCUGUUUGGUUAUUGAGUGCCCCCUGGUGGUACAGCUUUUAAACUGAGGAUUUAUCAACCAGAGCACCGGAUAUAUUACUUUAAUUUGAUAUCUUACUAGUACUUACUAAUUUCGAGUUACCAAUGAUCACCCAGCAUUCCAAACAUCUGAAGUUAGUCUCUCCAGUUACACAGUAGCCCACAGUUUCCUUUUCAACCUCUUCCUUACAAGAGUCUUCCGUACAAAUGUUCUAUCUGAGACCAACAAGGCUGCAAUGAAAACAGCUCUCUAAGCUAGGUAGUGUUGAUGAUCUUCCUCUCUGUUCUCCUCUGUCCAAUGAUUUCUCUGAACUGCCAUAUAGGCUGUGUCCUAAAUUGCACCCUAUUCCCUAUGGACCCCGGUCAAAAGUACUGCAAUAUAUAGGGAAUAGGGUGCCAUUUGGGAUGAAGCUUUAGAGACCAAACACUGUUCGUGUGAUGACGGCAGCGUCACUGCCAUUGCCAAGACAACGUUGGGCUACUAUGCAGCCAGGUUGUGAUGCAGCUUUGCCAAGGAAUACUGUGGCCAUGCUACCUGAAUCGCAGAGGAGAAGAACAUGUGUAUGACCAAUCCUUUGUAUUUUUUUGUAAAAGUCUCUAUUUUUUGUAUUAUGUCUAAGUGUGUUUUGGUGUGUUUUGGGAGGUCUAAUGUAGCAGAGGUGAAAUUGUUUUUUUGUUGUUUUUAUUCUGACCAGUCGUGUUUUUCAAACUUUUUUUUCUUCAAUAAAGAUUUCUAAAAUAAACAAAAGAUUGUAUUUACA